UUGUAUUUUUUUUCUUCUCGACUUUGACGAAGUUUGUAGUAACCGGGGGGAGAAAAUAGCAUCUACAUCUUCGUGUUCCCAAAGAGCCAUGUGACGAGUAUUUCUUUUUUUUAUUAUUUUAUUAUUAUUUUAAUUUUUUUGACUUGAAAGUGUUGAUUUCGUGUUUCUAUUCGACUAUCGGACUUGUAUUACUGCUUGAUAUUCAUUUUUUGGAUAAGACUUGGUGAGGCGAAAUUAAUUUGGAAGUUGUGAUCUCUCUUUUAAAACUUUUUUUCCGGAUGUGCAGGAUCUAUUUGGGAUCAUGGGGUGUGUGUCGUCUGUGUUUCAGUAUGGAUCUUACGUUAUAGAUGAAAAAGCUGCACCUGAAGCCAGAGAGGAAAAUGACAAAACAGCUGGCGAUGUUCCGUCCACUGAAGAUCUGCCAAAUAAAAUUGCUGAAAAUGACACAGAACCAAUCAAAGUGGAGACUAUUAAACUAGAGGAAAAAGAUGAAAAAGACAAAGAUAUUGGUGAACCAACCGUCAUGGAAUUUGAACGUGUGCGAGAAACUAAAUUGGAAAAAGAAAAAACUAUUAAAGAUUCAGGUGAAACGACAGAGAAAACAGUUUUUACUGAAUAUCAGGAAAGUGUAAAGGUAGAAGAAAAUAAAAGUCCCGCAGAAAAAGAGAAAAAAAGUAAAUCAUUUUUCCCAUCAUUUUCCUCAAAGGAUUCUCUCAGUUUUAUGUCAGAAACUCCGACUUCCAGACCAACCUCUUUUGUGAGCCAAACAUCUUCGGAAGUUUUUCAUCCAGUUAUAAGAGAGGAAGUUAAAACGGAAAUUGUUACACCUCCAAGCGGUUUAUUUACUUCAAACACCCAGGCACACGAUUCUGUUGAAAUCGAAAACGAGAAAAAAUCCCUUAGUUCAAGCUUCAACUCAUUUACAAAAUCAGCAAAAGAUGCAGGAAAUAAACUCGAAAGUGCUGCUGCUGAUGCUAACAAGGAGUUGCAAAAUAAAGCGGCAGAGCUGGAAGAAGGAGCUCGUCAAUUGCAAGGACAAGCUGAAGCCAAAGUAAAAGAAACCGAAGGAGAAUUGAAUAAAGCCAAGUCUGACGCUGAGAAAGCCAUCCAAGAUACUACUGAAAACAUUCAAAACAAAGCUAAAGAAACGCAAUCAAAGGUUCAACAGUCCAUUUCAUCAACUCAAUCAGCACUUCAAAAUAAAGCAAAAGAAGCAGAAAAUAAAUUGAAAGAAACCCAAUCACAAGCUGAAAAAGCAGUGUCUGACACGAAUGAAUUAAUUCAAUCUAAAACCAAAGAGGCAGAAAAUAAAUUUCAAAAUUUUCAAUCUAAGACUCAAGCACAAAUUGAUUCAAAUAUCAAAAAUGCUGAAACAGCUGCUUUAGAUAUGAAAUCUAAAGCCGAGAAAAGCAUAGCCGAUGCAAAUGCUGAGCUAGAAUCCCGUAUUCAAGAUGUGCACGCAAAAGCUCAGGCUACUGUUUUAAAUAUUCAAGCCAAAGCCCAACAAAAUGCUGCAAAAGUCACCAGUCAAAUUGAUGAAAAGGCAAAGGAAGCGGAGACUGCCGCUCAGAAUCUUCAAAGCAAGGUUGAAAAAACUGUUUCAGAUUCUGCCUCUCAGCUUCAGAGUAAGGCAUCUGAAGCUGAAGCAGCUGUGAAAAAUCUUCAUUCCAAAGCUGAAGCACAAGUACGUGAUGCUGAAAGUGCUGUGCAGAAUCUUCAGUCAAAAGCACAAGAAACUAUUGAAACGAAACAGAAAGAAGCUGAAGCAAAGGUGCAAGACCUUCAAAAUAAAGCCCAAAGUGAACUUGAUUCAAAAACUCGGGAAGCAGAAACAGCCCUCAAGAACCUUCAAACUUCCGCUGAAAGUGCUGUAACCAGUACCACGGCUCAGCUACAAAAUAAGGCAAAGGAAGCUGAAAAUCAAGUAAAAGGUUUCCAGUCACAAGCAGAGAAUGCAAUUUCCACUGCUAGUAUCCAAUUAAAAUCAAAAGUUUCGGAAGCAGAAUCUCAGUUGCAAUCAAAAGCUGCAGCAACAAUUUCUUCCGCUGAAUCCCAAUUUAAAUCCCAAAUUGGAAAUGUAGAAUCUCAAGUUCAAUCAGCCACUAAACAAGCUGAAGAUAAAGCAAAUGAAAUUAAAAGCAAAACAGAAGGCUUCGUAUCGUCAGCUAGUCUUGAGUUACAAAACAAAAAGAAUGAAGCUGAAGAAAGUCUAAAAAAUGUAACAGAGACAGUGAAAAAGACCGAGUCUGAUAUUCAAGUUAAAGGUCAAGAUAGUCUUGCAAGUCUUCAACAAAUGCCAAUGGCAGCUCUUGGUGCUCUAACGGGAGGUGCUCAAAAUGCAGUUGGUGGCGUUGGAAAAAAUUUGCAACAAGUGCUGUCAGGAGUUCAGGAAAAAUCACAAGAAGUUAUACAAACUGUACAAGAAGUUCCAAAACAUAUACAAAACACCAUCGCUGAUGUACAGACCAAAGCAAUGGGCGCCAUUUCAGAUCUUAAAGAAAUUCCUACAGCAGCUUUAGGUUCUCUGACACAAGUUCAAUCAUCUGUACUAGGUUCAGCUACUCAAGGUGUACAGGGAAUUCAGAAACAAGCAGAAGAAGCUCUGGUUAAGGCAGUGGACGAUGGUACGGGUAAUAUAAACGAAGCUGUUGUUAAAAUACAAGCUGGUGUGCGGGGAUAUUUAACGAGAAAGUCUUUAAAAGAAAAGAAAGAAAAAACAGACACUUCAGAUGACAAAGAAAGCACUCCAACAAACGACCUGCUCGCUAGCACAGAGAAUCAAGCCAAGAGUAUACUGGACGAGAAUCUUCUAUCCUCUGAUGCUGCUCUCGAGGAGUUUCUGAAAGAGCAGAACAUCGAGAGCCCUCAGCUGACAGAAGAAGAGUUGUCCUGGCUACAGGAAGGUGCUUAUGAAGGUGACCAGGAGCAGGCCGCCACCAAAAUUCAAGCUGCAUUUCGUGGUUUCAAGGUUCGAAAAGAUUCGCCUCAAAGCAAGUAGAUUCUGCUUCAUGUUGCUGCUUAAAAUUUCUCCGUUCACCCGCGAUCUGUGAUCAAAUUCGCCUUCUUAUUCCUCUGCACUUGAAAAAUCAUAGAGUUGUCAUAAUGAUGCGGUUGUUUUUUUGUAAUAAAGGAAGGCUUUUCAAAUUGAUUGUAAAUAAAAAUAAAGUAUGCUUCUUAUUAUUAA